AUGGCAGAAAAGACAGACCAGGUUUCCGUCAGCAUCCCCAUGGAGGAGACCAAACUUCACAGCGGGGCACCCACGGAGGCGCCCCUGCUCACCCACCUGAAGAAGGUGGAGAAUCACAUCACUGAGGCACAGCGAUUCUCCCACCUGCCACGCCGCUCUGCUGUGGAUCUGGAGUUCAAUGAGCUGUCUUACACCAUCCGUGAAGGUCCCUGGUGGAGGAGGAGAGGUUACAAAGCCCUCCUUAAAUGUCUCUCUGGAAGAUUCAACAGCAGAGAGCUGAUUGGUAUCAUGGGGCCGUCUGGGGCUGGAAAGUCCACCCUAAUGAACAUCCUGGCUGGCUACAGAGAGACCGGGAUGAAGGGCCAAAUCCUUGUGAAUGGUCGCCCCAGGGACUUGCGGACCUUCCGGAAGAUGUCCUGCUAUAUUAUGCAAGAUGACAUGCUGCUGCCGAACCUUACGACCAAGGAAGCUAUGAUGGUCUCUGCCAAUCUGAAACUCAAUGAGAGCAUGCAGGUCAAAAAGGAACUAGUGCGUGAGAUUCUGACAGCGUUGGGGCUUCUGGACUGUGCUCAAACACGUACCAUCUCUCUGUCGGGGGGUCAAUGCAAAAGACUGGCUAUUGCCCAGGAGCUGGUCAACAACCCUCCUGUCAUGUUCUUUGAUGAGCCCACCAGCGGACUGGACAGCGCGUCGUGCUUCCAAGUAGUUUCUCUCAUGAAGUCCUUGGCUCAGGGAGGACGAACGAUCAUCUGUACCAUUCAUCAGCCCAGUGCCAAGCUCUUUGAGAUGUUUGAUAAGUUGUACAUCCUCAGUCAAGGUCAAUGCAUCUACAAAGGCACAGUCCCUUAUCUCAUCCCCUAUUUGAAGAACCUGGGCCUCCACUGCCCGACAUAUCACAAUCCCGCUGAUUUCAUCAUCGAGGUGGCAUCAGGAGAAUAUGGGGACUUGAACCCGGUGCUGUUUGAAGCGGUGCAAGGUGGACUGUGUUCCGAGGAGGGCAAGAAGAACUCCAGAGACAAGAGCGACUCUUCCUGUCCAUCUCAAAACUUUAAAUAUUUCUUCUCUUUAUCUUUACAGGAAACAGGAACCCUUGAAAAACAUAGCUUUGCCACCAGUACCUUCACACAGUUCUGCAUCCUUUUCAAAAGAACCUUCAUUACAAUAUGCAGAGACACGGUGUUGACCCACUUGAGAGUGAUGUCCCAUCUGUGUAUUGGAGUGCUGAUUGGUCUACUUUAUCUCAAAAUUGGAAAUGACGCCAGUAAAGUCUUAAACAACACGGGUUUCCUCUUCUUCUCCAUGCUUUUUCUUAUGUUUGCUGCCUUGAUGCCCACCGUUCUCACCUUUCCUCUGGAAAUGUCCGUGUUUGUAAGGGAACACCUUAACUACUGGUACAGCCUAAAGGCCUAUUAUUUGGCAAAAACAGUGGCGGAUGUUCCAUUCCAGGUGAUUUGUCCAAUCAUGUACUGCAGUAUUGUAUACUGGAUGACUGAACAGCCUGCAGAGGCUGGUCGCUACCUGCUCUUUGUGGCCUUGUCCACUUCUACAGCCCUGGUAGCCCAGUCCCUAGGACUGCUUAUUGGUGCUGCGUCCACAUCUCUGCAAGUUGCAACAUUCGUCGGUCCAGUGACAGCCAUACCUGUGCUGCUGUUCUCUGGCUUCUUUGUAAAUUUUGACACCAUUCCUAAAUAUCUACAGUGGAGCUCUUAUGUAUCUUACGUCAGGUAUGGCUUUGAGGGGGUGAUACUCUCCAUCUACGGGAUGAACCGUACUGAGCUUGAAUGUCCCGGUCUCGUGUGUAAAUUUCAAAAGCCGGAGGAGGUCCUACAGCUGCUGGAUGUGGAAGAUGCAAAGCUCUAUGUAGACUUCAUGGUGUUGGGGGUUUUCUUCCUCAUUCUCAGACUGGCAACUUACUUUGUCCUGCGGUACAAAGUCAAGUCUGAGCGUUGA